AUGGCAGCAUUGUCACAAGCAUCGACAGCCGCCCUAGCCCGCCUUCGCGCCUUCAAACCCCCACCAACCUCUUACAACACUCUACCCCUCUCCCGCCGCGCCGCAGUCCUCAUCCUCCUCUUCGCCGACCGCCGCGGCGACCUGCGUGUCAUCCUCACCAUCCGCUCAGCCAAACUCCGCAAUUACGCAGGUCAAGCCGCUCUGCCAGGAGGAAAAGCCGAUCUUGAGACCGAGACUGCAUGGGCGACUGCACGCCGCGAAGCUGAGGAAGAGAUAGGAUUGCCUGCUACUGAUGCAGGACUACCCAAGGGAUAUACAGUCGAGGCUCUCACGGAAUUACCCUUGAAUCUCGCGAUGACGGAAUUGGGGGUGAGACCUUGUGUUGCUUGGCUGAAAACUUCGAAUCCAUCUUCUGAUAUCGCGAGGGAAUUGCUUCCGAAGUUGGAUGCUAGAGAGGUAGCUGCGGUGUUUACAGCACCCUUUGAGCAAUUCCUGAGGCAGAAAGAUGAGGAUGCUGCAGAGGGGGAGUGGUAUAGAGGGGCAUGGCAUUCUUGGUAUCAUGAACCGUGGCGUAUGCAUAUGUUUCAUGUGCCUGUGACGCCGAGAACGGUGUUCAGGAGCCAGGAAGAGGGAAAUGCGGUAUUAGAUGCUGAGACGGCGCCGUGCUCGCCUGCGUCAAAGGCGCCGGUGUUGCUUGCCGAUCGCGCGGCUCAGGCUUAUGGCACCGCGCCCACGCCUGCGUCUGAGGAUAAAUCUCAAACGACAAAUCGUAGUGUAAAGCACAAGGAUGCUUUGGAUAUGCCGCGCUACAGAGUCUUCGGCAUGACGGCAAGGAUAUUAGUGGAUGCGGCGAGAGUGGCAUACGGCAGAGAGCCAGACUUCGAACACAACAGUCACUUUGGAGACGAAGACAUGAUUGCGAGGUUGAUGAAGAUGGGGAGACUGCAGCCCAAAAAGGAAAAAGGAGAGAUUUUGACAAGGGAUGUCAUGCAAGCUGCUGCUGAGGUGGACUUGAACGGAGAAGAGAAGGGGAAAUUGUGA